AUGUCAGACUCAUCUGUCAAUGGCGACCUACUGGCUCCGGCCAGACCCUCGAGCUCUCCCAACUCGAAGCGGAAAGCCAGCGACGCCGGCCUACCAGCCACUGGCACCAGGAUCCACAAGAGUGUCAAGAGACGUGCUUCGAAGGCCUGUCAGUCCUGCAGAGCUCGCAAAGUACGUUGCAAUGUGGUCGAGCAGAGUCCUUGUACCAAUUGCAGACUCGACGAAGUCGAGUGUAUAGUCUCGGAGAGCAAGCGCAAGAAGUUAGUGCCAUGUAUCGAUCAUGUUCUCAAACCACCGUUGCUGAUUGAUCGCGUGAAGGNNAAAUGGACAAAGGCAGAUGAAGAAGGACAUGCAGCAGGAGAAGGCUGCUCUCCGUCUGUUCCUGCCGCGAUACAACAUCCCAAUAUCAGCUUUCAUGACUCACCAGGGCACCUACCUCAUUCGCUUUAUCAGGAUCUAGAUCCUCAAUCAUUCGACCCCGCUCGCCGUCAGAGCCUGGCAAGAUCGAUCUCCAUACCUCACGAUCCGACAGAUAGUAUUUCUCUAUCAGGGGUUGAUCCCAACUCUCUUUUUGGCCUGCAGACUCGUACCCCACCGCCUCCCCAUCACGCACUCCCGGCCUUCAUUAGAGCCUUUCCUUCAACCUUUGGUCCGGAAGAUAUUUCAUAUCUAGCAAAGAAGGGUGCCCUCACAUUACCACCACCCGCUUUGCGUGCCGCUCUAUUACGAUGCUUCGUAGAGAACAUCCACCCAUAUAUGCCGCUACUGGACAUCCACGAACUCAUCCAUACCGUGGACAACAAUGAUUCCUCCUCGGCUGUUAGUCUCUUGCUAUUCCAGGCUAUCAUGUUCGCAGGCGUGGCUUCGGUAGACAUGGCAUAUCUACAAACUGCCGGAUACACCAACAGGAGAGCCGCUAGACGCGAUUUCUUCCAAAAGACUAGGCUUCUCUAUGACUUCGACUAUGAAGCCGAUCGAAUCUCCCUUAUCCAAUCUCUGCUUCUCAUGACUUUCUGGUACGAAACACCGGAUGACCAGAAAGACAGCCACCAUUGGAUGGGUAUCGCAGUGUCUCUCUCACACACUAUUGGUCUCCAUCGCAACCCAGAACGUUCCAAUAUGAGCCCCAAGCAAAGACGUCUUUGGAAACGUAUCUGGUGGGCAACAUAUAUGCGCGAUCGACUCAUCGCUUUGGGAAUGCGCCGACCGACAAGAAUAAAGAAUGAAGAUUUCGACGUGCCUAUGCUGACGAUGAACGAUUUCGAAUUCGCCGUUCUGUCUAGCCAGUCAUCAUGUAUUCCGCCUAGCUGCAAGAUCAUGCAGGAUACAUCCAUGCAGAGGNAGCUGGCCAUCAUGUGUAUCGAGAAGGCCAAGCUGUGCAUCUGCAUCAGUCAUGUCUUAUCUACGCAAUACUCUGUCCUGCACAACAAUCACGGUGUGCAGAGUCAAGAGGGAACCACGCGUACCACUAUGAUGCUCGUAGCACGCAAGGACGAUCCAGAAAAGUGCUCUGUCAAGGCAUGCGACGAAGAGCUCAAGCAGUGGAAAGCAUCGAUCGCACCUGAAGCAAAGUACAAGCCCUCGUCAUUAUUCGACCUUACGGCUGGUAAAGGGGCAAUCGCACUCCAUCGCUCGCUUCUACAUAUGAUUUAUCUGGCUACGCUCUCGGCUCUGCACCGACCGCAAGUGCUUCCAUCAACAGCUGCGCCAUCUCGAAAGAUGGCCUCCGAGGUCUUGGAUACCUCUCGAAGGACCGUUCGAUUCGCAGCUAACCGACUCACUGCGGUUGCUCAGAACUUGAACGAGCUCGAUCUUAUACGCUGCUUGCCCACCUCUGGAAUCACAGUUCUGUUGCCGGCUAUCAUUAUUCAUCUCCUUGACAUCAAGGCACCCGAUGAGACAACUCGACGUGCCAGUUUGCAAGGGUUUUGCCAAUGCAUGCAAAUUCUCAAUAAGCUCCGCGAUAUCUAUGCAGCAGCAGACUACUCGACCGCGUUUCUGGAGGCAGCGAUCCGCAAAGCAGAAAUCACACUUCCUCNNCCCCCCAAGAUGGGUCCACCACCUCGACCCGCGCAUUUGGCCAACAUGUCCAACGUAAUGAAGGCGGCAAGGCUGGGACAUGCAAAUGUCAGCCGCCUCACACCACCUCCCGAGCUUGCUGCCAGCACAAACAACGACCUCCAAUCGCAAUCUCGUCAACAGCAAGAAAAGGAGCCACAAGUCUCAGAAAAUGACUUGGCCCAACACCUAAACAACUUCCUCGCCUCCACACCUCCAGGUUCUGAGCACACGACCGACAGCCAGAUCGACGAAACCACGGCGGCCGCCUUCAACAUCCCCGCUCUAGAUGCCGAUUUUGAUACCUUGAUCAAUCUAGACGCAGCUGGGGAAUCGUUCACUUUCGACGAUGGCACUUUCCCCACCAUGCCUGCUUUCGACUCGACUGACGGCGGGUUCAUGGACAUGGACUGGAUGAAGCACAUGAACAGUAAUGAUGAUGUUUCUUUUGGCAUUUGAGCGGCAUGGAAUUCGUAAACGGCAUACAGUACGGCUUUCUCUUUUGAU